CUAUCGCUAGUGCAGUGAACGUCACAAAGUAACGCGCGCGUAUCACCGCGAGACACACUCGCGUUUCAAAUAUCGGAACAUUGUAAAAAUUACUUCAACAUUAACAUUUUUACAUGCUAAUUAUAUUCAGUUAUUUUAUAUAAUACCUUAAAACAGUUUAGUGAUGGAAUAAAAUUGAUUACUGUUGAUUAGCAUAACAUGUUUUGUAAAUAGUGUGAGUGGACUGAAGUGAUAAAAGAAAAUUAUAUAAAAAGUGUCCAAUAAUAUAUAAAGAUGCGCGUGCGAUGGUGGCGCGCUGUGUUAUUGUGUGCAUGCGCACUGGUUCUUCGAAGUGACGCGUUGCCGCCGGCUACCCUUGGUGACGUCGUCGCCAACGCCGCUACCAGUCUAAAUUCUAUGAAAGUUACAGGAGCAUGGCGUAGACUAUCUAGCACUGUAAGUGAAUCGGUUGGAUUGAAGCAUGCGUUAAGACGGCUGCAAGCUGUACCCGCUCGCGCUGCCCGCCUCGUGCAUGCACUAGUAGACCGAAUGCGCGUAGGUGGAGGGCCGAUUGUCUCCACCCAGCUUGGAACACUGAGAGGAAGGAAACUAGUCGCCAGGACUACGUCACAGACCUCUUACUAUAGUUUUAAAGGAAUCAGAUAUGCGCAACCACCACGCGGUCCCCUCCGAUUCCGACCGCCAGUUCCUCUGGAACCGUGGUCGGGUGUUCGGGACGCGUUAGAGGAGGGCGCCGUCUGCCCUCACAGAUUCAUGCUCUUCGACACUUACAAAGGCGACGAAGAUUGUCUAUUUCUCAAUGUGUACACACCAGCACUACCUGACAAACUCACAGGAUACAAUCCGAAGUUGGCAGUAAUGGUAUGGAUACACGGUGGCGCUUUUGCUGUUGGCUCCGGUAAUGCAUUUCUCUACGGGCCGGAUCACCUUGUGGGCGCCGGAGUCGUGCUCGUCACUCUCAACUACAGGCUGGGGGCAUUAGGAUUCUUAAGUCUUGAAACCGAGGAAGUGUCCGGAAAUAUGGGACUUAAGGAUCAAGUGAUGGCGCUGAAGUGGGUGCGAGAUAACAUUGAAAGCUUCGGAGGCGACCCAAAUCGAGUGACCAUCUUUGGCGAGUCAGCUGGAGCGGCUUCUGUACAUCUACAUAUGCUCUCUAAUUCGUCGCAGGGUCUUUUCCACGGUGCUAUUGCUCAAAGCGGUUUGGCGUUGUCUCCUUGGGCACUGGCGCAGAACCCUCAAGCGCGGGCAUUCGAACUCGGCCGAGAGUUAGGCAUCGAUACAAAUAACACAGCCGAAUUGCUUGGCUAUCUCAGAGCAACUCCAAGUGAGCUUAUAAUAAAAGCUGGAGCACGGCUUACCGGUGCAAUAGGAAAGAACGCUGACUUGCAAAGUACAGUAGCGCUGCCUUUCCUGCCUGUGGUAGAGCCCGACGUGCCUGAGGCUUUCCUUACUACAUAUCCGAAGGAGCUUCUCCCAGGAGCAGAUGUUCCUUUACUCACAGGCUACAAUGCACAGGAAGGAAUCAUACUGUUUAGACGGCUUCAACGAGAUCCAAAGCUAUUAAGCGAGUUAGAUCGUGAGUUUGAACGAGUGGUACCACCAGAACUCAGUUCACAUGACGAGAAGACUGUUAAGAAGAUAGCUGCCAUGAUUAGGGCUUCCUACUUCCAACAUCGGCCAGUCGAUAUGCACAAUAUAAACAGCCUCAUUGAUCUUUUCACUGAUAUAAUGUUCCUUCGACCUUUAUUGGAGACCAUACGACUACAGGCUGAAACAAAUAGAACUAGCCCUACCUACGUGUAUAGAUUUGCUUUCGACGGUGCUCUAGGGCUUUUCAAGCGCAUGAUGGGUAUUACUCACCCCGGUGCAUGCCACGGAGACGAAAUGGGUUACCUCUUCUACUUCUCGAGGUUGAACUACAGACUAGACGAGGAUUCUCCAGAGUUAGCUGUUUCCAAACGAAUGAUUCAGUUGUGGACAAAUUUUGCCAAAACUGGCAAUCCAACGCCACCUGUAGACUACGAAUCCGUGGUGGAUUUCAAAUGGCUUCCAGUAAAUGAUACGACUCACAUCGACUACCUCAAUAUUAAUAGUAAAUUCACAUUAGAAAAAGAUCCAGAAUCUAUAAGGGUGCGUUUCUGGGAUUGGAUGUAUGAAAAUUAUGCCAAAUCAUGAAAAUAAGUGACAGAACAUUGGAAUUAGAUAAUGACUUACAAAUUUCGGUGAUAGAUAUGAAGUAAGUCUAGUGUAGUGCAAAAUAUGUGAACACGUUUGUGCUACAAUUGUGUAAAAAGGACCAUUGGAUCUCAGUUCUAGCUGGAUUACAAAGUACGAAUGCUUACCAAAUAGUAAUUAAUACUUAUUAGCUAGGAUUCCGUACCGUUGGUACAAAAAGAAACGUUUGUGUCAAUAUUAGAUAUUAUAAAGAAUCUAGAAAACAAAAUUUCUGAUUAUUGUUUUUUAAAAAGCAAAGCUUUCUAGAUCGGACAUCUAAAAAGUAUGUCAAAUAAAACAGAUGUUUAGUGUUUUCCCUUAUACAGUAAAAUUCCAAAUUCUACCAAAUGUUUGUCAGCUAUGUUUGUCAUCUUUGUAAAUUUGAAAAGGAAUUAAGUAUAAACUGACAGAGUACGAAUAUGCUUAAUUCGUCUCCAUCAUCACUCCUUUUUCAAGGAUGCCAUAAGACUAACAUGGUAGUGAUUCUCAUCUAUGGGAAAUGACCCAUGUCCAGCAAUGGGACAAUAAUGAGUGAUUAUUGUCCCAUUGCUGGACAUAAGUUAUUAUGCGUCCCCUUUUCUUCCUCUACUUCAAAAUACAAUAAUUUUAAUGAAACCACACGAAUUCACAUUAAUCCAAACAGUUUACAUGUUACGUUCUUUUAAAUUUCUUUUAUUCUGUUUAAAAUGAAAAAAAAAUCAUGAAUAUAAUAUUUUAUGUUAUCUAUUUGA